AUGUCGGUCGAAGCAUUUAUAUCGAACGCAGUAAUAUUGCUAAGAAAGAAUUUCGAUCAACGAAAAGAAAGUAUAAUUUUAUGUAAUUCUACGAAUAGAGAACUUAAAAGAUUUGAAUAUGUUUCAGAAAUUUGUCAAUAUAAAACCAAAUGUUUUAAAUGUAGAGCACUAUUACAACGUAUUCGUGAUCUUAUAGAUAACAUAACAGUUAUACAUAAGAAUGAAACUUUAGGUAUAUGUGAUUAUUGCAAGCGAUCAUCCUCGAGGAAUAAAUGUAAGAGAUGUGAAUAUUAUAUGCAAACAUUUUUAAAAUCAAUAAAAUUAAAACAAAACAUUCAACAAGUUACUCAAACAUGUGAUAGAGAAAAAACUGAUCCUCAUAAUAAGGUAGAAAAAUCUAAGACACGAAAAGAAAACCAAACACUAUUGCCAGACUCAGAAAACGAAUUAAUGUUAAAGAUGAUAAAACAGAGAAAGGACUUAAAGCAUAAAAUGAGAAAAAAAAUCCAGUGUGAAAAAACUAAAGAAUAUCCAAAAAUAGAAUUUCCGACGAUUGUCCCCUUAAAGAAAAAUAAUGAAAUAUCUUCUAGUAUAACAAGAGAAUCAGAUAGUAUCUUAGAAUGUGAAAGCAACAAAUCAAGUUACGUCACUGAAAUGGUUAAAGGAAGAACAAUAGUUCCAUUUCAAAAACAAAAACCUGAACCUGUCAUUAAAAAAAUACCUUUAUUGUUUCAAAUCCAACAUGAUUUCAAUUUACCGACGAUAGAUACUAAUAUAUCGUUAACAUCUAACGAUAUUCCAGAAAAUGCUUUAAAAACCAAAGAUACUAAAACAAAAGGAAAAUCAAUAAAGAAUAAAUCAGGUAUCAUCCGUUAUCAGCUAUCGAAUCGUGAAUUUAUAGACAAGGGUUGGACUCAAUUGCCAUCAAUUAAGGUAUUAAGAAGGACAAACGUUUAUAACAUGGUGCCUUCAUAUUCAAAAUUUGAUUGGUUUAAAAACCAUACGAACGAGAAAAUGUUAUGCUACGAAUCAAGUGAGAAACUAGCUGAGAUACAUGAAGACGGAUGCGGGAAAUGGUUUUAUAAAAAUGGCAACACGGCAUUAGAUUAUUAUAGCACGUCAGAAUUGAAUUUAGGCAAACGAUGUAUCAUAUACAGUUCACACGAAGAAAACUUACAAAAUAAAAAAUCUCUCAAUGUUAUAGCGUCUUUUGACUACCUUGGGAAUGGAGUCGUAUACGAUAAUAGGGGCAAAGUAAGGUUAAAAUACAAUCAAACGGAAGGAUUCGUGAUCGAUAAAAAUAUUGGCCCACCAAGUCAUUGGAUGUGGCACACGUUGAACGAACCGCCAGUUUUAUUUCCAGUCUUUUGUGAUACUUUUGUUGAAAAAAAACCAUACUCAUAUCUCAGAAAUAAAAAAGGAAACGAUGAAAUGAUCGAUAUUGAAUUAGAGAAUUAUCGCAAGGAGAAAGCGGCUAAAAUGCAGCAGGCGUAUAAGCCCUUUCAAAUACGAAUAAAGGUUGUAAAGAUCAACGAUUAUUUUUCGCUAAGAAUUGUUAACCAAUCUAAAAUUUACAUUCAGUUUCGAUGUGAAAAUAUAUGUCUUAAGCUUAAUGUUGGAAUGUUUUUGAAAAGUAAAGAAAUCAUAGACUCUGACUUCGCUGUGGUCUCCGAAGUAUCGACAUCUUGUGAUUUCUCAAAAAAUGUUUAA